AUAAUGUUGUUGCUAAGAGAGACUGGCAUCACUAAUUGGCAUUUGCGCGAUGUCAUUCGGAGGCGGAACAGUUAUUAUCUUCGACAGGUCCUCGUGGAACAUGAUAAAUACGACGGAAGUGUGCAAGUUCUCGGCCUGACACCGCUCGGCGCUGGAUUUUCGCUUUUACUCAUUGGCUUGUCGAUAGCUACAUUUGUGUUUUAUUUGGAGAUAAGACGGAUCCCAAAAGCGGUUUCUACCCUCAAGCUGAUCCGUGAUGAAUAAAAACACACGUGCGAAUUUAAGGAGAGACAUUUGACAGUUUUGAAUUCAUGGAUUUACUUUUCAUUUGUGAUUGGGUCAAACUUAUUCGAAGAGAGUUGUAAUCUUAUUUACAUUUCAUCAAUUUGAUAAGAAGAUAAUUUGUGAAAGAAAGUUAAACACAUUAAGCGUAUAAUUAACCUUUGGUAGGGAUAACUCAACGAGCGGUGAAUUAUAAGUGGAACGCGGGAAAAUAGUGGUAGCUUGAUAAGUGGAUUCAAUAACAAAUGAUCGACAGCGACGGUGAAGUCAGUCGGCUCCCGUGCGCAACGUUGCAAAAAGCGAAGGUUGUUCUAUCAAACCUGGCGCGAUGAUGUGCGACGUUUGAUAUUCACUACGCUUUUUAAUAGAAUGCAAAUGAGUUGUCAAAACCAAUAAAAAAUAUUGGAGCGCUUGGUGAAAUUUUUAAUUUUAACUUUUUGUUGUUCUGAUGUGACUGGAGAUUGUGAUCUUGCACUAUAAAGAAGAAAAGUUUAUAUAGCAGACCGUGAUGGUGAUUAAAAAACACAUUGACGAUGUUCAACCACGAACGGUGGAGGAACAUCUCCAAGCGAUCCAGGAGGAUAGGGAUGUCAUCGACUCUGAGUUCGCAAAAGUGACGACGGCCGACCUACCCGAAUGGUUUGACGAAAGAUUAUUCAAAAUAGGCCAGACAUAUUAUAUGAAUAAUUUAUUGGCACUUGGAACUGCAAACUUAGCAGGCCUAAUCGCGAUACUGUCCGUUCCGAGUUUACUGGAGAUUCUCGUAUACACGAAGAAUAAUAGCACAUUAUGCUUAUCCUACAGACGAUUCAUUCAAACCUUGUUGCUCACAUACUCGCUCUUUAACUCUGACAUGCUUGACCCCAAUUCAAAAUGGUUCAAGGCAAUAAACGUGAUUCGAUGGAAACAUGCGACCGUCAGUAAGAAGCGUAUUCGAGAAGGUCUUCAUGGAAUAUAUCAAAAAGACAUGGCGAUCACACAAUUUGGUUUCGUAGGGUAUGUUGUCACGUGUCCCGAGCUUAUAGGGUUGGCUCAUACCACGACUGAAGAGCUAGAGGGUUUCAAUCAUUUUUGGCGUGUUAAGGGACACUUGUUGGGUAUAAAGGAUCGGCUGAAUAUCUGCAGGAAGACGGUUGAAGAAACGACGGAACUGUGCAGAAAAAUUAGUUCCGAAAUAUUGGCUAAACAUUUGGAAAAUCCACCUCCGGAAUUCGGAGAAUUGGCAUCAAAUGCAGUGAAAGCAUUGUGGUUCGCUGAUCCAUCGAUUAAUGUAGAUGCUUUCUUGUAUCUCACAUACAAUAUAACGGGAGCGAAAUAUAAAAGACCCCUUGGGUGGUACUCAUAUUUAAACAUGAAAGGACGUGAAUGGAUACUGUAUAUGUGUAGUAAGUGACCUUAUUUGCUCACGAUUUGUACAUGAUACAAAUGCAAGAUGAUAAGUACACAUAAUUGUGUAACUUUUAGAGUGUUAUCUAUUUUAUUUAUUAUAGGUGUCCCCUACAUUGGUUGGUUCGUACGGUCAGCAUUCAAUCUGUUCCUAACAGCAUCUUAUUGGUUAUUAGAAUGGUAUCCCGUAGGUGCUUGGCUAGCAUUCGGCAAAAAAAAUUCAAAAAUUUGUUUAUUUCCAAAUAUAAACGGUUAAAUAUCAAGCGAAACUUCAUAGAUAAUGUAUAGAUGCAAAGUAAUCAAAUGGGAAUAAUAUAUUUAAAUGAUCUUUAUAUAUUUUAAUUAUGGAUGAAACACGAUCCAAUAUUGUACCAUUCCAAUGCAAUAAUGCAAUGAAAAAUUACCUUUAGUCGAUACCAAUAGCCUCCGUGGAUAAAAUGUAUACUUAUGAUGCUGGGUAUCUUCAGUGGAGGUCGCUGUAUGUCGCGUAAUAUUAAUUAAGUUCAUUAAGUUACUUCAACGGUGAGCUACGAUUAAUCACAAAAUACACAAACUAUGAAAUAGAGUGUUGAAAUCAUGAAAAUGUACUUAAAUCAUAAUAUAUGAAUUACUGUGCACUUGUUAUUUAA